AUGCAGCUCCUCAUACUGCUCAUGUCACUCUUCGCCCUGGCCACCGCACAGUUCGACUUCUUCGAACACUUGUUCGGCGGGCACAACGCCCACGAGCACCAGCAGCAGCAGCAGCAGCAGCAGCAGCAACAGAACAACCCCAGCGACGCGGGACUCUACGUGUCACGGUACGAACAAUCCCACUGCGACAAAUACCUCUGCCCCGACACCCUCGCCUGCGUGCACUUCCCGCACCACUGCCCCUGCCCCUGGGCGGCCAACGAGGACAAGUUUGAGCUGGGCGAGGGGACGAGGGUGUGCAUCUCAAAGGGGGGGUUCAAGGCCGGCGAGGCGGCGAGAAAGAUCGAACUUGCGCGCAAGGGAUGGCUAUGA